GACUGUCGGAAGGAGUUGGCAUAGACGCUAAGACCGCUGGACCGACGGAGGGGAGUUGUGACCCGGAUGGCGCAGCUUGAUUCCAAAGAUCAGCGCGGCGGGGUAGCUGUCGAAGUAUAAAGCCAGAGCUUGUGCGUCGUUUUAGACAUCACUACCAGAGCAAAGCUCAACCUCCCCACUUCAACGUUCAAUUGCUCAAGCUUCAUCUCUUCUCUUCCAUCCUCAACAAUAAUGGCUCAAGGAGGCUGCAUGUGCGGCAAUGUCCGCUACACGAUCGAAGGCGACCCCGUAAUGCAGGCCCUAUGCCAUUGCGUUGAUUGCCGAAAGAUCACCGGAUCGACGUACUCCACCAACUCCAUCUAUCCCGAAAGCGGUUUCAAGGUUACCCAAGGUACCACAAAGACGCACUCGAAGACCGCCGACGGAGGCAAUACGAUCACCAGCCAUUUCUGCCCGGAUUGUGGCUCUACCAUGUGGCGCGAGGGACCUUCUUUCCCAGGCCUGAAGAUUGUCAAGACCGGCACUCUAGACGAUGUCAACGCGUUGGCCAAUGCCAAGCCGGGGGCUGAGCUCUAUGCUCCCACUCGUGUGUCCUGGGUCGCGGCCGUCGAAGGCGCCGAGCAGAAGCAGGGCAUGUCUUGAGCGAUGUAGGAUGCGGAGGAGCUUCAAGGGCGGGGCCGAUGGAGGUCGAUAGCGGAAUAGUAAAUAUG